AAAAAGGUGUCGAUAUUCCGACGCUUCUCCAGACGAGACCGAGGCGAUACCCCUCCAUCGCCUUUUCUUAUGAACCAGGGCAUCCGCCCGCCCGUCCAGCGAGCACCACGAAGACUGCAGCGGAACCGCUCCUACGCACCCGCUCCCGCUCCCGCUCCCGUCAGCCUCCUCACACCACCGCCAUCUCCACCAGAAAAAAGCUCCUUCGACUCCAGCGAGGCACCAUCACGCUACCGCCAGCCUGCUCGCAACCACCCCUCCACUCCUCCACAUUCGCCAGGCUCGCGAGAACGCGUCGUGCCCAAUGCUCUGCUCACCAAACCCUUUCCCGGGAACCCCCAAAUCACAUCAUGGAACAUAUUCCUUCCCCCCUCGCAAAUAUACUCGCUCUAUCUUGGCCACGCCCCACAGGAAAUGGAAGACAAGUGGUUCAUCUACAGCGAGGGGCCAGACCAGGCUGGCAAGCUCAAAGUCCACUUUCACCGGAGUUGGACGGGCAUCAAAGUCGCUGAGCUGUUCGUCGUCAUGGACACAAAAGGUGAGGGUGCCGGCAAGAUUGUCGGCAUCAAGUGGAAUGGCGGCGAAGACAUGAACUGGAUGAGCGAGGAAGAGGCCAAGUACAUGAUCCGCACCGCCUGUCGAUGGCAAUUGAAUGUUCAUUUAGAA